GGUCAGCCCCGGUGAUAUUUUGGCUUCGCCUUUGGGGUAGGGUUUCAAGAGCAAGGCGCGCCGUCGCGGAUCGCCGAUUCGAAGCAGUACUGUGGCAACGAUCUCGGUCGAUCCGUCCAGCUCCUCGGCCAUGUCGAACAUAGAUCAGUCCUUGGAUGAUAUUAUCAAGAGCAACAAGGCCGGGGCUAGAGGCGCCGGCAAGAGGCGGCGGGGGGGCGGCGGUGGUGCCGGCGGUUCUCGGGCCUCGGGCCCUAUCCGUAACGCCCCUAACCGCCUCGGGCCCCGGACGACACCGUAUUCCAUUGGAAAGCGUUCUCGGCGGAGUGCUCCAGAGGGUGCUGGUGCCGGUGCCGGUGCCGGUGCCGGUGCCGGUGCUUGGCAGCAUGACAUGUUUGAAGAUGGGUUCGUGGGUGGUGGUGCCCGGACUAAGCCCGUCGGUAUUGAGACUGGCACCAAGCUUUUUAUCUCUAACCUCGACCACGGCGUCUCCACUGACGAUAUCAAGGAGCUCUUCUCCGAGCAGGGAGACUUGAAGCGGUGCGCAGUCCACUUCGACAGAAGUGGAAGAUCAAAGUGUACAGCGGACGUGGUCUUCGCCAGGAAGUACGAUGCACUCAAGGCGAUGAAACACUAUAACAAUGUCCAACUCGAUGGAAAGCCCAUGAAGAUCGAGUGCUUGGGCACUAACAUUGCCACCGCCUUUACUCCCAGUGUCAACGCUGUGAGCAACACGAACGGCGGCGGCGGCGGCGGCGGCGGCUUACGAACUCCCGGACGAGGCCGGAUUGGGAAGCGAAUCCGGCGGAAGCCUGCCAUCGCCGGGGGUACUAAAGGUAGCCAGCUGGGCGGCGCCGCCGGCGGUAAAGGCAAGGGAGGAGGAAAGCCCGUAGUGAAGUCGGCCCAAGAGCUGGAUGCUGAUCUAGAGAACUAUCACGCAGAGGCAAUGCAGACAUGAGAAAGCGGAAGAACAGGGACAAAACAACGUAAGCCUCUACUCUCUCAGAUCUUAGCGUGGGUUCUCUCCUCUCUCUCCAAAAUCAAAGGAUGGUGGUGUAUAGGCACAGACGAAACUUCUCUCAGCUGGCAAGACCUGGAUGUAAAAUUAAUUUUGGCUUGGAUUAACUUUGAAAGACAAUUUGAGGAUC